GCAUUGAAAAGAAGCGGACUCCCGGACCCGGACCCCGUCUCACCUCUGCAGGAGACCCGGACCCCGUCUCACCUCCGCAGGACUCGCGUCGCUGAGGUCGGUGUCGGUUCGGUGCUCGAGUCGCGUGCGGACCGGAAGCGUCCAGGUGAGAGCCGCUGACCCGCCGUCUGCUAUCGGCCGAUUAUCGAUCAGUCGCGCGCUCCUCUGCUGGACUUCAGGACACGUUCGAGGUACUUGUACUUCCAUUUCCUGAUACUUUGUACUUCUACUCCUCGACACCUUUCCAGGUGGCUAGCAGUGAUGUCAUCGCUCCUCCUCUUCCUCCUCCUCUUCCUCACCCUCGGCCGGGCCUCCGCGCUGGAGUUUCGUUACCACAGCAACCGCGAGAUCGAGGAGUACCUCGUCCAGGUCAGCAACUCGAACCCCGACGUCACUUACCUGUACAGCAUCGGGCAGUCGGUCAAAGGUCAGCAGCUGUGGGCGUUGGCGCUCGGCCUCAGUCCUCGCCGCCACACUGUGGGCAUCCCCGAGUUCAAGUAUGUGGCUAACAUGCAUGGAAAUGAGGUUCUCGGCCGGGUGCUGCUGCUCCAGCUGAUCGACGACCUGCUGCGUGGUUACCGUAACAACGAAACGUGGUCGUUGCAGUUACUGAACAGCACGCGCAUCCACAUCCUGCCCACGAUGAACCCCGACGGCUUCGAUGCAGCGGACACACACUGCGUGUUCAGCAGGGGCAGGGCGAACAACAACGGCGUGGACCUGAACAGGAACUUCCCUGAUGCCUUCGCUGGUCUCCAGCAGCAGCAGGAGGAGCAGAGGGAGGCCGAGGUCAGAGCUGUGAUUGGCUGGUUGAGGACCGAGAGUUUUGUUCUCUCUGCAAACCUUCAUGGAGGAGCCCUGGUGGCCAGUUACCCGUAUGACAACAGCAAGAGAGGCAGCGAGCUGGUGGGCGGGGCCAGCCUCACGCCCGACAGCGACGUGUUCGUCCACCUGGCCAAGGUGUACUCCCACAGCCACGCCUCCAUGCACCGGGGCAACGUCUGCAGCGACAGCGGCCCGUUCCCGGACGGCGUCACCAACGGUUACCGCUGGUAUCCUCUGGCAGGUGGGAUGCAGGACUAUAACUACGUGUGGUCUCAGUGUUUGGAGUUGACUCUGGAACUUUCCUGCUGUAAGUUUCCUCCAGUCGAUCAACUUCCUGCUCUUUGGACGGAGAACAGGAAGUCUCUGCUGGCCUUCAUCCAGCAGGUCCACCUGGGGGUCAAAGGUCGUGUGGUCAAUGGCUCCGGACUGCCGGUCCAGAACGCGUUGGUGGAGGUCAAAGGUCGCAAGAAUAUGUUUCCGUUCAGAACCGACAAGCACGGAGAAUAUUACAGACUGCUGCUGCCUGGAAACUACAGCUUCACGGUGACGUACCCGGGUCACGAGGUUUUGACGGAGACGUUAAACGUGCCUCAUGGUCCCGAUCAAUACUCCGCCAUGAAACACGACUUUCUGCUACGCCGCAUCCCCACUACGACUGGCCACACCUCGGCUAACCUCAACUCGGCUGGCCAAACCUCGGCUAACGUCAACUCGGCUGGCCAAACCUCGGCUAACCUCAACUCGGCUGGCCAAACCUCGGCUAACCUCAACUCGGCCGGUAACCUGAAUGGGGGCGGAGCCACCGUCAGGCCCGCGUGGGCGGGGCUGAGCGUGGGGCUCGGCCUGGUGGCGGCGCUGCGAUCCCGGAUCGGCUGAAGCGAACAUGCAAGAAAACAAAGAAAGAAACAAAAAAAACUGCUGUUCCUCCAGAACUUUCUGCUCUUGUUCAUCGGUGAAGAUUCCCUCAUCAUAUUUACUUUAACAGUAAAAGAAACUAUCAUUUUAAAUGCUGGCGUGUUCAGCAGCUCUCUUCGGGGUUUAUUACUUUCUCUGCCAGGAGGACCUCUGCAUAUCUCGCCUUCUGCUACAGCACACUGCUUCAUAUUAUGGGCUGGAUCUUAUUGCCUGUUUAACUCACUCCUCUUAAGCCAGCUGAGUACAUCACCAACUCCCAGUGGCUCCUCUGCGCCCUCUGGCUAACCGCUAACUGCUAACAGGACCACCAGUGCACUCCCUGCUGAGUACCUCGCCGCCACUCCGCCUGCUGCAUACAUCGCCGCUUGUUUCUGAGUUUAAAUUAAAUGUUUUUUUUAAGACUACUUACAGCCCAUUUGGUUCUAGACGGGUGGGGCAACAAUUAUGAAAAUGUACUAGUUUCUAUUUCCUUUAGAGAAGACAAAGAAAGGAGGUUGAUAGAGAUACUUCACCAACACCGUGGAGACGAAUUCCCCACAGGAACAAACUGGUUUUAUCUGAGUUCUUUGUACUGGAUCACAGGAGGGAACACUGCUGCCUGGGGG